UCUGUUUUUUUUUUUUUUCGUUUUUAUGAUUUGCUUGCACUUGGCAGUUGUGAACUUGACACUAAUAGAUCUUCCUGGACUCACAAAGGUAGUUGUAGAGGGUCAGGCAGAGAGCAUAGUGCAGGACAUUGAGAACAUGGUUAGGGGCUUCAUUGAGAAGCCCAACUGUAUCAUUCUGGCUAUUUCCCCUGCCAACCAAGAUCUUGCUACGUCUGAUGCAAUUAAGAUCUGUCGUGAAGUAGAUCCCAAAGGUGAGAGGACAUUUGGAGUUCUCACAAAGAUUGAUCUUAUGGACCAAGGUACAAAUGCAGUCGAUAUUUUGGAAGGAAGAUCAUAUAGACUUCAGUUCCCUUGGAUUGGUGUUGUGAAUCGCUCCCAAGCUGAUAUAAACAAGAGUGUUGAUAUGAUUGCUGCUAGGCGCAGGGAGCGUGGAUAUUUUGCUAAUAGCCCCGAGUACAAGCAUCUUGCGAGCAAGAUGGGGUCUGAGCAUUUAGGAAGCAACUGUGAACAAAACUACAUGUACACUUAUUGCAAUGUGAGGAAUCACAUUCUGAAGCUGGAACAAGACAUUGAGUUGCUUAAAGCAGAGGCUGAAAGAAAAGUUGAAUUUAGUUCUGAUGCUAUUGAAGAAACUCCAGAAGAUAUUGAGUGUGUAGAGUCUGGGAGCUCCUCAAACUUCAAGCUCCUCAGACUCCAAUGA